AAUAAGAUCUCAUAAGUGAAUGUCCAGAUCCUGGACCACACAGAUGACAUGGCCAUGCUAUCCAUUCAAGGGCCCAACAGCAGGGCCAUUCUACAGCAGCUGAGUGACACAGACUUCAGUGAUGCAGCAUUCCCGUUUUCUUCACACAAAGUGAUCACAAUAGCUGGCCACAAGGCAAGGGCACUUAGGUUGUCCUUCGUUGGUGAAAUGGGUUGGGAGCUCCAUGUACCUAACAAGUCAGCAGUUGCAGUCUACAAGGCGGUGAUGGCGACUGGGGAGCCUCUUGGAUUAGUCAAUUCUGGCUAUCGAGCCAUUGACUCUCUAUCUUGUGAGAAGGGCUAUCGCCACUGGCAUGCUGAUGUACGGCCUGAUGACACACCCCUUGAGGCUGGCCUUGCAUUCACCUGCAAACUGAAGACAGAUACAAAUUUUCUUGGGCGUAAGCCAUUGAGCGUCAGAAAGCAGAGGGCAUCAGGGAAGAAGCUCGUGACUUUGACCCUGAAUGACCCAUCAAAGCCACUAUGGGGUCUUGAGGGGAUUUGGCGAAACAACGAAGUCCUAGGGUAUGUGAGACGCGCUGAGUAUGCCUUCUACCUUGGCCGUGCCAUAGCAUAUGGGUAUGUUGAGCGGCCAGAUGGGAAUCGGAUCACCAACGACUUCCUUGAAAGUGGCUCUUGGCAGGUCGAAGCCAUGGGAACUAUGCUUGAUGCUUCGCUUCAUGUUCGGUCGCCAUUUGAUCCCAAAAAUUUACGCGUGAAAGGACUAUAUAGUGAAGCAGCUAAAUAGUUUUGAUUUUCUACUGCUGGCUAAAGGCUGUUGAGUCCAAUAUAUAAUUCAUGUAAGACGAGAAUUAUUCAUAUCUUUGACCAUGACAGUUCCUGCCAUAUAUAAUGGCGCUUGAUUCUACUAAGACAUUCCUCGAACAUAUUUUCAUUUGUUAAGUAUUGGGUGUUUUUUAAUGGAUGAAGAUGUUUGAUAUAUAUGUUUUUAUCAUUAUCCAUAAUUUUCAUGCAUUUCGAUAUGGUCUAUUCCAGUCUACGAGUGCCAUUAUAGAUUUGUUCUUAGUCGUAGAAAAUAUUCUAGAUGCAUGAUUUUGUCUUAUGCUAAAUGCCAUUUUUUGUAUGUUCGGGAAGCACAAUAUAUAUCUAGAGGCAGUUAUUUAGGGAUCUUACUUGAAAGGAUGCCAAAUCAUUCUUUAUGGUAUGCGGUGAACUUAUUGUACGGAGUGCUAAGUAUUCAUUCAAUACAGACCAAUAAUGAUUUUGAAUACACGUUAAUAAAGAAUA